UGCCUCCCUCCUUUUUCCUCUUCCCUCCCUGGCUGCUGUCUCUAAAAAAGGGAACAGGACCUGCACAACUUUAGUCUCAUCCAGAUCAACUCUACUCCCAGACCAGCAUCAUGAAAUUCUUGGCUCUCACUCUCACCAUCCUGCUGGCCACAGGUAUCCAGGCCCGUACUCUGCAGGCUGAUGAGGCUGCUCCUUCUCAGCUGGAACAUGUGAAGGUGAUGAAGGCUGGCAUGACUGUUGUGAAGGAUGCCAUGAAGAUGGUCCUCAAACCUCUGGACAACACAAAGUACAAGGAGUACCACGACAAACUAUCCCAGCUCCUGGACAACAUGCAGGAGUACUACCUGACCACCUAUGAGUCCUACUUUAAAGCAUUCUUGGGUGACCAGCUGCUGGAUGCCACCACUACUCUCAGCAGACAGAUCACGACCAAGGUUGAGGAGCUGCGCAAGCAGCUGGAGCCCAAGCAAGCUGAGUUGACGGCCGUCCUGGAGAAGAACAUGGAAGACUACCGCCAGAAGAUGGAGCCCCUGGUCCAGGAGUACGUCCUCAAACAGAGAGAGGAAAUGGACGCCCUGAGGGCCAAGACGGAGCCCAUCCUGGUUUCCCUGAGGGAAAAGACGGAGCCCAUCCUGGACGAGAUGAGGGCCAAGGUGAGCUCCAUGGCGGAGGACACAAAGGCCGUGCUGGUGCCCAUGGUGGAGUCUGUCCGUGCCAAGCUGGACGAGCGCAUCGAUGAACUGAGGAGGAGGGCUGCCCCUAAAACUGAAGAGUACAAGAAGAACCUUUCCAGGUUUGUGAAAGAGUUGAAGAUUUUUGUGGAUGACUGCAGUGAGUACUUCCAGGGAGGGCAGGAGAGUAUAAAAGAAAAACUUGGACACAAGGAAAGAGAUGAAAUAGCGAUUGAACUCAUGGCUCUGUAUGAGUCAAUUAAAUCCUUUUCUACCAAGUGAAUAGUUAAUGAAACAUAACCAAAGCAACAAUAGAUUUGUUGAUGUAAUUUCAGUUUCAUCACAAAGUACACAAAUUAAACAUAAAUCAUUGACUUUGUAAUGAUCUACACAAAUACUAAAAACUAAAACUAUACAACUAUAAAAUAGUAAUUGCUACAUAUGAUUUCCAAUAAAUGAUAUUGAUGAUGUCGAUGACGAACUAACUGUAGUGCCAAUAAAACGAACAGAGAAUUUAAA